AUGGAUUCCAUUUUAUGGAAUAUAGUAAUCAAAACAUCACAAAAAAAAGUGAUCGAAUAUUCAAAAAAUAGUUCCAAACUAGUCACAAAACAGCUAUCAAACAGUGACCAAAUAGUCACAAAACAGUUAUCAAACAGUGACCAAAUAGUCACAAAACAUGUCACAAAACAGUUAUCAAACAGUGACCAAAUAGUCACAAAACAUGUCACAAAACAGCUAUCAAACAGUGACCAAAUAGUCAAAAAACAGUUAUCAAACAGUGACCAAAUAGUCACAAAACAUGUCACAAAACAGUUAUCAAACAGUGACCAAAUAGUCACAAAACAUGUCACAAAACAGCUAUCAAACAGUGACCAAAUAGUCACAAAACAGUUAUCAAACAGUGACCAAAUAGUCACAAAACAUGUCACAAAACAGUUAUCAAACAGUGACCAAAUAGUCACAAAACAUGUCACAAAACAGCUAUCAAACAGUGACCAAAUAGUCACAAAACAGUUAUCAAACAGUGACCAAAUAGUCACAAAACAUGUCACAAAACAGUUAUCAAACAGUGACCAAAUAGUCACAAAACAGUUAUCAAACAGUGACCAAAUAGUCACAAAACAUGUCACAAAACAGCUAUCAAACAGUGACCAAAUAGUCACAAAACAGUUAUCAAACAGUGACCAAAUAGUCACAAAACAUGUCACAAAACAGUUAUCAAACAGUGACCAAAUAGUCACAAAACAUGUCACAAAACAGCUAUCAAACAGUGACCAAAUAGUCACAAAACAGUUAUCAAACAGUGACCAAAUAGUCACAAAACAUGUCACAAAACAGUUAUCAAACAGUGACCAAAUAGUCACAAAACAUGUCACAAAACAGCUAUCAAACAGUGACCAAAUAGUCACAAAACAGUUAUCAAACAGUGACCAAAUAGUCACAAAACAUGUCACAAAACAGUUAUCAAACAGUGACCAAAUAGUCACAAAACAGUAUCAAGUUGUCACAUAA